CUCCUAAAGUCUUUUGUUUGACCGAGAAUAAUAAUAUCCAAGGAGCAAGAGCAGGUUCAUGGUUUCCGGAAACCUCGUAGGAUGCGUCUCUCGUUUGGGGUCAUCAAAUCCUGUCCAGCAGUCAUCACUCGACGCGACAAAUUCCGUCGUCCCCGAGCUCUGAGCACCCGACCGAAAGCAGCAUCGCCGUAUUUGAGGAACUCCGUUUCGAUUCACCGGCGGUCUAUCUGCGUCGAGAGCAAAGGCGCGCUCCCCAGGGAGAGACAGAGGCAGGGGGAAAUGGGGAGGUCGGAGGUGGUGGUGGUGGCGGAGGCGGAGAAGCUGAUGGAGGGGCACAUGAAAGGGAACGACUCGUCCCACGACGCUUGGCACGUGUUCAGGGUCAGAGACCUGGCCCUCUCCCUCGCCCGCGAGGAGGGCCUCGCUUCCCGCCCUGACUCCAUGGAAAUUGUAGAGCUUGCUGCACUUCUUCAUGAUAUAGGUGACUACAAGUAUCUAAGAGAUCCGUCUGAGGAAAAGAUUGUUGAGAAUUUCCUUGAGGAACAGGGAGUGGAGGAAAGCAAGAAGAUCAAGAUCUUAAGGAUAGUAAGGGGAAUGGGUUUCAAAAAUGAGAUUAAGGGGCUUGCAGAAAAUGAAGUAUUUCCAGAAUUUGGGGUUGUGCAGGAUGCUGAUCGUCUUGAUGCCAUUGGGGCCAUAGGAAUAGCUCGUUGCUUCACUUUCGGGGGAAGCAGAAACAGAGUUCUCCACGAUCCUGCCAUCCAGCCACGAUCAGAUCUUUCCCAGGAAUGCUACAUGAAGAAAGAGGAGCAGACUACCUUGAAUCAUUUUUAUGAGAAACUUCUGAAGCUGAAGGAUUUGAUGAAAACAAAGGCUGGACAAAGGAGAGCCGAGAAGCGGCACAAGUUUAUGCUUGAGUAUCUAGAAGAGUUCUGCAAAGAGUGGGAUGGGCGAGCCUAGAUUAGGUAACUGAUUUUCUUUGACUGAGUUCUUGGAUUCUACAACAUUUAGAUGCUUAGCAUUUCCAAUUCUUGUGGGUAGGUCUUUGAUGUUGUUACUGUGGAUCUGCAGGUGAUACUGGAGGUAUUAUCACCAUUGCCAUUUCCAAUGGUUUAGCCCUCACAAAAUACAAUACCGAAAUUUAUUUAUGGUAAAGUUCUAUCGUUGAAUCCAGUUUUACCAGGUCAGUUGUCAAUGCAUUGUAAUCAUAAACAUAUAUGACCUACUAGCUUGUUUAAUUCCCUUAUAUGCUGCAUUUGUUAGAA